CCCUGUCUAUCCCCGUUUCUACUUUAGAAAUACCCCUUUAGCAUUGAUGCCCACCUCCUCUUGACAGCCCAGCUCAUCCCACCUGAGAUCUCCUUCCACAUUAUCUCACACCUAUGUCUUUGCGACAGGUGGACAGAGGUGGCAAGCGAACGCAGCUGAGUUGACUUUACCAACCCAGUUCACGGCUUGGUCUGUGAUCUGUUGAGUGGAUUCGUCUGUUGACGUUCUGAAAAACUUUGUUUUGUCUGAGCCGAGUUAGCUGACAACAAAAAGGGAGAUCCUUUUAUUUUUUUGUUAUUUUUGGCAUUUGAAGAGGACCAAAAAGGUACAUUUACCCUUUCCAGGCUCAACCUGAUUUAUUUUUAAAGAAUCUUCUUCAUUUUGUGGAGAGCAUCAAGUGAACGGUCACCAUGUGGGAGUUCCGGUCCAUGAAUUUUUGGCGGGCGGUCUUUGCAGAGUUCUUCGGGACCAUGUUCUUUGUUUUUUUCGGCAUGGGAGCUUGCCUCCGCUGGACCACCGGGCCUUAUCAUGUCCUUCAUGUGGCCCUGUGCUUUGGGCUAGCAGCUGCCACCUUCAUCCAGUCCAUUGGCCACAUCAGCGGCGGCCACAUUAACCCUGCCGUUACCUUUGCCUACCUUGUUGGCUCACAGAUGUCUCUUUUCCGUGCCAUUUUCUACAUGGUGGCCCAGUGCCUGGGUGCUGUAGCUGGGGCUGCUGUGCUGUAUGGGGUUACACCUGGCAACAUGAGAGGCAACAUGGCGAUGAACACACUGCAGCCUGGCAUCAGCAUGGGAAUGGCCACCACUGUGGAAGUUUUCCUCACCAUGCAGCUCGUGGUGUGCAUCUUUGCCGUGACUGAUGAGAGGAGAAACGGACGCAUGGGAUCUGCUGCUCUUUCCAUUGGCUUCUCCGUUACCAUUGGACACCUCAUGGGGAUGUACUACACUGGUGCUGGAAUGAACCCUGCUAGGUCCUUUGCCCCUGCUGUGCUCUUCAGGAACUUCAUCAACCACUGGGUGUACUGGGUCGGGCCUAUGAUUGGAGGUGCCAUGGGCGCCCUCCUGUACGAUUUCAUGCUGUUCCCACGCAUGAGAGGUCUGUCCGAGCGCCUGGCCACACUGAAGGGAAGUCGGCCCCCCGAGAGCGAGAACCAACAGGACACGCGCGGGGAGCCCAUCGAGCUCAAGACACAAGCCCUAUAAAUCUGCCCCUGCCCCCUUCUCCAACUGGGGCUGAGGGAUGAGGGACAAGGGCCCUGAGCUACGCCAACCCCACCUCCACUUCCCUCCCCAUGCCUUUACGCAACAUCGCACAAGACUAACCCAAAUACUCACAUCUAGACUAACACACGAUAAGAUUCCUCCAGCGCCACUGUAAAAACCGACACACCAAACAGGUUCACAACCUCCAACCUCAACACACAAGACUCCUCUACCCCCCAGUCCUCACUCUGUAUUCUGAACUGGACAUUCUGUUUUUGAUAAAUGGUGACCAGAACCUAAACCAAACUUGUCCCCCCAAGCCCUGCCUGCUUCUACAACUACGAUGUACAACUUAGAGGAGCAUGGAGACCCUGAAAAUGAGGUUUAGGGAGGUAUGAAGGGGAGACCGAGGGCAGGAUGAGGGUGAGGCAGGGAUGUGGGUAUGAUAUGAGAAGAGUAAGAGGGCAUGGGGAAGGUGAGGGUGGAGUUAAGGGGUGGGGGUUGGGGUUUGGGUAGGGUAGAGAGGGCAACACUCUGGGUUUGUGGUCGUUUCAAGUUGGGUUAGACCAGUGAAGAUGGGCAUGCUUUUUCAUUAUUCAUCUGAAUUUAUCUCCAUUUUAGUUUUUUUUUUUCUAGGUUCAUUUUGUUUUCUGCACUUCAGACACAAGACGUGGAUGUAUGAUACCAUUAGAUUUUACCAGGGUUUCACUAUUUUCAAUCACUACAUUUUAUCUGUGGGUUUGUGUUUGUGUGUGUGGAUACUUCUGCAGUAUGUGUGUGUGCAAGUGUGUGCGUGAGAGUGAGCGUGUGCAUGUGUGUGCGCCUGCCCGUGCGUAUGAGUGUGUUUGCAAGUGAGUGUGUAUAUGUGUGUAUGUGCGUGUGUGUGUGUGUGACAAGGUUGCAGAUACAGUACUUUUUAUUUCGUUUUAUUUUCAUUACCGCUCUCCUGUUUCGUACCAUUAACUGUGUUCAUUUUGUCAUCAAUUUUUAAGACAUGAUCAUUUCUCCUCCCCUCACUGUGGUAUUUGCUAUGAUAUUCAUUUUUACAUAAACCAUCUGCUGUUUUGUUCUGAACCAGCGCAAUCCAAAGGAAAUGUUGUAUCCCUAGCCUUUGAUAGUAGGUCUGUUCACUGCAGAUCGGCUGUGCAAGCUUUACAUUGAGUCUCCUUUUAUUAUUUGAUCCUUAUUGGGAGUACAAGGCGUUUCAACAAACAUUUCAACAAUAAUAAACAUAAAAAACUUGAUACAAGGUUAUGGUCAUUCUUCUUUCUUCAACUGCAAUAAACUAUUUUGGCCAGAAGAGGGCGA